AUGAAACUACAAGACGAUUUUGCUUCCUUUAUCUUCCUCCUCCUAUCCAUUGUGUGUGUUACUGAUGGUUGCCAUGAGGAAAGGGCAGCUCUGUUGAACUCUAAAUCCUUUCUUGCAGACCAUUCAAAUCACUGGUCUUCAUGGCAAGGGCAAAACUGCUGCAGCCGGCUUGGCAUUCGGUGUUCAGACUUACUGCAUGUUAUAGCUGUCAACCUCCGGAAUCCCAAUCCAGACAGCUUCAUACUCAACAUCAACUCACAACUUGUUUCCACUUCAGACUCCAAGACCAGUACUGCUGUUCAGGAUUGGUUGUGGGGGCUUCGCAAUCUCAGGGAACUAAGAUUGAGUGGUCUUGAUCUAUCCAAGGCAUCCCAGUCAUCCAAAUGGGCUGAACCAUUAUCUAUUCUUUCAGACCUCAGGUUGCUUCACCUCUCCAAUUGUGGAGUUUUUGGCAUGGUUCCAGUAAACCAGUCUCAACUUUAUCUCCAUUCUCUGAGAAUGGAUUUCAACUCUCUUGCCUCUGCCAUCCCAAAAGAGCUAGCAAAUCUAACUGCCCUUUCAGUCCUUGAUCUUUCUAGUACUAAUCUACAUGGUUCAAUCCCUUUCCUUCCUCAAUUGCAAGAACUUUAUGUGGGUAACAACCUAGACAUUGCCAUUAAUCUAAGUUCAAUGUUUGCAGUCCCUUGGACCCAUUUAGAAAGACUUGAUAUUAAGUCUACUCAAGUUAUUGGAUCUAUCCCAGCGUCAUUCACCAACACCACUUCAUUGGUUCAAUUCACUGCUCGUAACUGUGGAAUUCAGGGGUCUGUUCUUUCUUCCAAGGCAGACCUUUCAGAGUUGGAAAUAUUACAGCUUGAUUUCAACUACAUAACAGGUCAUCUAUCACAGUUAUUCCAGAAUUUGAACAGCCUUCAACUUGUGUCUUUAAUGGAAAAUUCUCUUGAUGGUCCAAUCCCAGAUUCAAUUUGCAAGAUCUCAUCACUUCAAUAUCUUCUUUUGGCUUUCAAUUCUCUCACAGGAAGAUUACCUGAUUGCAUCAGCCAGAUUACAAACCUCAUUCAAUUGUUCGUUAGUGGCAAUAAUUUGAAUGGAACCAUUCCUUCCUUGAUGUCUUUGUUCCAUAAUUCCACACCUGAACUCAUUGGUUUAGGAAGUAGUGGACUAACUUUGAAAGUAGAUCAAUCCCCUUUUCUACCUAUCUUCCAUCCCCAAUUCUUGGAGCUAAGCUCAUGUGACAUAGGAGGAGGUAUCCCAGACUUUCUGUCAAAUCUGACCCAACUUGCAUUCUUGAGUUUGGCAAACAACAGUCUAUCAGGAACAAUCCCAUCUUGGCUGUUCAAUCUCCCCAAGCUUAAUUAUUUAGAUCUUUCUUUCAACAAGCUGAAAGGAGUUCUUCCACCCAUUAUUCAGCUUCACUCGUACAUCUGGCAUGGGACAUUAAAUUUAGCCAGGAACAGUCUUCAGGGGCAUAUUCCUCUGGAGUUUAAAGACAUAGAGAACAUCAAUUUAUCUGGGAACAAUUUUACAGGCCAUAUACCAGCACAGAUUCAAGGACUUGGAAAUAUUAGAUUCUUCUUACUGUCGGACAACAAACUCUUUGGUAAGAUCCCGCUCUCUUUCUGUGGCCCAGAUAAUGUUCUAUUGCUCCUUGAUCUUUCUAAUAACAUGCUGGUGGGAAGAAUCCCUAUCAGUGUAGGAAAUUGUACAUAUCUUCUUGUCCUCAACCUUGGAGGGAACAAACUCAGUGGAAACAUUCCAAAUGUACUCAAGGCUGCAAAAUAUCUUACCCAUCUAGAAUUAAGUGACAAUCACUUUGAUGGCCCUUUCCCAAGUUUCAUUCAGAAACUUGAGAAGUUGGAGGUUCUGAUGUUGGCGAAUAACAGAUUAGAAGGAAAGAUUCCCAGAUUCAUUGGAGACCUCAAAAACCUCCAUAUUCUUGUGUUAAGAUCAAACUCCUUCAAUGACUCAAUCCCAGCAGAGAUUAACAAGCUAGAAAAACUGCAAUUUCUGGACUUCUCAAACAAUUAA